AUGGCGACAGCCGAUGCUCACGACAUGGACAAGUUCGACGCCGACCAAGUUCGUCGAUUCUUUGAGGACAUGAUGAAUAGCGAUGGACGACAUAAGUGGCCAUCCAUGACGCAUUAUUCCCACGCCAAGGCUCACGCUGUUCGCACGGCGCAGCCUGGCGCCAUGCAGGCCUUUGCGGAAGCGCUAGCUGCGGGAAUCUUGGACAACCCGGAACCAGAGCGCCGCGACGCCAUUCUUCGCAAGUACUGGGAAGCCACCAAGGACUGGAGAAAGGCCAACCGGGAAUUCUUGACGUGGUGGUACCGCGAGAAGUGGGACCCAAGGGCGAUGAGGAGACUCAAUGAGCAUUCAUGGUUUGAGAGACUGAGUUUGGGGGAACAGAGGGAAGAGAGGGAAGCCGAGGAGGAGAGAUGGAGUAAAAAGAGGAAAACCAACGAGGAGGCGGAGGAGGAAGGCAUACCAGAGACGACAAAACGAUUGCGCGCAGCCUCUGGAAAAGCAAUCAGCGUGCCAUCCAGCGAUUCUUCAAAGCCAACAGGCAUAGACGACCUCUCCAUGAGCACCCCGAUUCAGCUGCCAAUUCGCACCUUGAAGCCUGCAUCGACGCGCUGGAAAGAUCGGCCCUAG